CAGGUCCAUAAGCUCUGCCAGGCAUCGGCAGAGCGGAUCCUCGAUGAAUUCCAUCCGAACCUCAUGAUCGCCAUUGGCGGUGGAGGCUACGUGCCCGCGCGCAUAUUGCGAUCAUUCCUUAAGAGGCCCGGCAGCCCCAACAUCCCCAUCCAAGCCAUCGGGCUCUCCCUCUACGAGUCCCUCGGCACCGACGAGGUCGAGGAGCCCGGCACCAAGGUCACGCGAACGCAGUGGCUCGACCUCAGCAGCCUCGAGAUGGCGAACUUGAUCGGCAAGAACGUGCUAAUUGUGGAUGAGGUGGACGACACCCGGACGACGCUGGAGUAUGCGGUGCGCGAGCUGCAGAAGGAUGUGGAUGAGGCGGCUAGCAGGCUCGGAAGGCUGAGCGAGAAGACGAAUUUCACCAUCUUCGUGCUGCAUAAUAAGGACAAGCCGAAGAAGGGACAUCUGCCCACGGAGAUUAUUGGCGAAGGGAAGUAUUUGGCGGCACAGACGGUUGGGGAUGUGUGGAUUAACUAUCCUUGGGAGGCAACGGACAUCGACGAGCAUGACCGUAUGGCUUAUGCGAAAAAGUAG